AUAAAACCAGCUGCGAUGCCAUAACUCUCCCAAAACCCUAACAAAUUUCUUCAGAAGGGUUUUUGCAGAGCCCCGCAGUUCCUCCCAAAAUUCUCUCUGCAAUCUCUUCCAUUCUCCGCCCUUCCAAUGGGAAAGUCGAGCAAGAAAUCAGCUUCUAAGGUUGAUGCUGCUCCUGCCGCAGUACCAGCUCCGAAAUCUGGCAAGAAAGGUAAGAGAGACGCAGGAGAGGCAUUGGAGAAGCAGGUGAAUGCGAAGAAGCAGAAGAGAGAUGAGGCAGUAGAGCAGGCUGCUAAGAAGCAGAAGGUUGAAGCGAAGACACAGACCAAAAAGGCUAAGAAGGAAGAGAGCAGUAGCUCAGAUUCUGAGUCUGAGGAGGAGACAAAAGUGAAAGUGGCAGCCAAGAAGGGAAUUGCUGUUGCAAAGCAGCCUGUUAAAGACUCCAGCAGCGAUGAAUCGUCUGAUGAUGAACCUGCUCCUAAAAAGCCGGUAGUGGCAGCUAAAAAUGGCGGUGUUAAGGCCUCUGCUAAGAAGGUCCAGUCAUCUAGCAGUUCAGAUGAAUCGGAGUCUUCAGAUGAUGAACCUGCGGAUGAGAAACCCAAAGCUGCGGCACCAGCUGGGAAAACUGCUCCUGCAGUUAAGAAAGCUGAUACUUCCAGCUCGGAUGGUACUUCUGAUGAGGAUACUAGUUCUGAUGAGGACGCGAAACCUGCUCCAAAGCCAGUUGCUCAACAGCAGAAAGCAGUUGCCAAGAAAGAAUCUUCCAGUGAUGAAUCAGAUUCUGAAAGUGAUAGCUCAUCUGAUGAAGAAGAAAAGCCUGCAGCUAAGAAAGUUGAGCAGCCUUUUGCAAAGAAAGUUGCAUCUAGUGACAGUUCCUCAGAGGAUGACUCAGAGGAUGAGUCAUCUGAUGAAGAUAAACCAGCUGCUAAGAUGGUGAAGGAGGAAUCCAGUGGCAGCUCUUCUGAUGAUGAGUCAGAUAGCAGCUCAGAUGAUGAGGCUAAGGAGGCCAAGAAAGCCGCUGCUAAAAGGCCAAAUGAAUUGCCGCAGAAGAAGUUGGAUUCUGAUGACAGUGACAGUGAGGAGGAUAGUUCAGAUGAAAGUGAUGAAGAGCCACAGAAUAAGAAGGCCAAAGUCGCGGCAAAUGGCCAAGUUGGUAAAAAGGAGAGCAGUAGCGAGGAAGAUUCCUCUGAUGAUUCUGAAGAAAGCUCGGAUGAUGAGCCCAAGAAGACUCCAGUAAAAAAGCCUGCUCAAGAACUGAAAAAGAAAGACAAAUCGGAGGAUGAAUCAUCUUCUGAAGAUGAAAGUGAAGAUGAGGAACCAAUAAAGACGCCAAAGAAGAAGGACGCUGAUGUAGAAAUGAUAGAUGCAUCUCCAGCAGCAAAUGGGAAACAGAGUGCUCCAAAUUCCAACAAGAAGACUCCAGCAACACCUGCUACCCCUCAAACUGGCGGCUCAAAGACCAUCUUUGUUGGCAACCUUCCCUACUCUGUUGAAAAAGCUGACGUCGAAGCUUUCUUUGCGAAUGUUGGUGAAGUUGUUGAUGUCCGUUUGGCUGUUGAUUACGAUGGACGAUUUAAAGGCUUUGGCCAUGUGGAGUUUUCCACAGCUGAAGCUGCUGCAAAGGCUGUUGAAUUGAAUGGGGAGUACCUAAACAAUCGAGCAGUGAAGAUCGAUUUGGCCCGAGAGAGGGGAUCUUCUGGUGCAAGCGGCAACGAGAGCAACUAUUCUCAAAGACAGGGGAGGUCUCAAUCCAAGUCGCUUUAUAUUCGGGGAUUUGAUAAAUCUGUUGGGGAGGAUCAAAUCAGGAAUAGCCUCUACGAACUCUUUGGUGACUGCGGCGAAAUUACUCGUGUAUCAAUCCCUAAGGAUUACGAGAGUGGUGAACCGAAGGGCUUUGCAUACAUGGACUUAUCGGAUGAAAAUAGCUUCAACAAGGCUCUCGAGCUUAAUGGAACUGAGAUGGGUGGAUAUGCUCUGUCAGUGGAAGAGGCAAGACCGAGAGAGGAUAACCGAUUUUCAAGCGGCGGCCGAGGCGAUAGAAGUGGUGGUCGAGGUGAUAGAAGCGGUGGUCGAGGCGAUAGAAGCGGUGGCAGGUUCCAGGGCCGCGGACGUGAUGGGGGACGAUUUGGCGGGGGGCGUGGCCGAGGUGGGGGUGGACGCUUUGGAGGUGGCCGUGGGACCCCUAACAAAUUUAACUUGGCUGCUGCUGGCACAGGGAAGAAGACAACCUUUGAUGAUUGAAGAAUACCUUUGAUGGUUGCGUUUUGAUUAUUAUAUAGGAAGUUACUCUUUAGUUUCCAUUAGAUGGGCUCUGGUAACAGUUGCAAUUGUAGCGGCAUCGCUUCAAAAAUACUGCACAAGCCUGUCUUAAGUAUUAUUCAGUUUUGAUGGAUCGUACCUUCGAUAGAACUUGAAAUUAAAAAGUACUGCACAAGCCUAUCUGUAUUUUUCAGUUUUGAUGGAUCGUACCUUUGGAUAGAACUUGAAAUUAUGGUUUGAGUGAUUAUUACUUUUUGCAGUAA